AUGAAUUUCACUUUUUUGUGUUUAGUCAUCACUCAAUACGUUCUGCAUGAUGUAUAUGCGCGUUAUAACAAAGACGUCAUAUGCGUUAUUGAUAAGGGCCAAAAUCCCACAUGUAAAGCGAUACCAUCAUCGAGCCGACGCAAUGCCAAUUUAAGAAACAAUGACGCUAUGCCAACGUACGACCCAUACAUACCGAGGACAAAUGUAAUAUUCUACAAUUGUUCAUCCUCUGAUUGUAAAACAUUCCGACUACAUUCUAUAACGGAAGUUACAUCUCCUGAACUUAUGUUAAAGGUAUGCUUUCUAGAAUCAACCGGGUCAUACGAAUGUGAAACAGUCAGAUACAAUCACCUCAAAAACGUAGACAAACUAUUGUUUUUAAAUAACAACAUAAAGAAUAAAAUAUAUUAUAUUGUCGAUUGUUUAGUUUUUGAAGAUCGAGGUCGUGUAUGUCACCGAAGAAACGGUAAUAAUCCUCAUACAAAAUUAGUCGACACUGGUAGUAUAGUACGACCUAAAGAACCAAACAUCUUGUCUCAGCAUGAAUUUAUAUGCGAAGAAGAUCAGCAAGGGUUAGUUAAUUGCGACAUUAAUCCAUUUAUUCCAUUUGAUAACAAUCUUAAACUUAAACAGUCUAUGAUCACUGACAAUAAUGUGUUGCUGAAAACAGGAAAUUACGUAUUGUCUUUAAAGAAGAACUGCGUCGAUGCAUGGUGCGGAUACAGUGGAAUAAUAUCGCGAUUGUCAGGAAGGCGAUACAGCAGAUAUGAGCCACCAGGCGGUAAAGUGUAUCGGUGCUAUUAUGCUAAAAAACAACAAAUAUGCAAAGAGCUAUACGGCCAAAAGAAAUCCAUCUAUAAUGAACGUGCUUGGUUAAGUACGUAA